AUGUUUUAAAUAUGCUUAUGUUUUGAAGAAAGUGGUUAAAAAAUAAAUGUAAUUAAUAAUGAAAGAUAAAAUUAAUUCCAAACUUAAUUAUAUUCCUAACAAAUAAAUAAAUAAAACCAAAUUAAAGGAAUGAGUUUGUAAGAUUUUACUUUGUUAAAUGUAAUAGGGAAAGGAUCAUUUUCCAAAGUAGUUUUGGUUAGAAAAAAAGAUGAUAAAAAAUUAUAUGCAUUAAAAAUAUUAAAGAAGAAAUUAAUACAUGAAAAAAAUCAAUAUAGGAAUUUGAUUACAGAAAGAAACAUAUUAAUAAAUACAAAUCAUCCUUUUAUAAUAAAACAUUACUCAGCAUUUCAAAAUAAUAAAAAGUUAUUCUUUUUAUUAGAAUAUUGUCCAGGAGGUGAAUUAUUCAACUUGCUAUGGAGAAAGAAAACAUUUAAUGAAAGUUAAACUUUAUUUUAUGUCGCACAAAUUGUUCUUGGAUUAGAAUAUUUGCAUGACCUUAAUAUAAUUUACAGAGACUUAAAACCUGAAAAUGUACUCAUAGAUAUUGAUGGAUAUAUUAAAUUGGCUGAUUUUGGUUUAUCGAAAAUGCAAUAAAAUAACUAAAAUAUGAAAUCUGUUUGUGGAACUAAGUAAUAUUAUGCACCAGAAAUAUUUACAGGCAAAGGAUAUGGCAGAGAAAUUGAUUAUUGGACAUUAGGAUGCUUAUGUUUUGAAUUAAUUAGUGGAAAACCUCCAUUUUAAAAUGAAUAUGAAAUCUUAAAUACAGAUAUUAAUCAAAUAUGUUCCUCUUUGAAUUGUUCAAUAGAAUUUAAAGAUUUUAUUAUUAAUUUAUUAUAAAGAAAUCCUUAGAAAAGAAUGAAUUUAUAAUAAUGUAAACAACACAAAGCUCUUCACGUUAUUAACUGGGAUUAAAUUAGAGAGAAAAAAGUUAGCCCUGCUUUUACUAUUGUUAAAUAAUUUGAAACUGAUAUUUCUCAUAUUGAUUAUCAAUUUGUUAAUGAUAAUCCUAUUUCUUAAAGUUCUUCUUAUUACAAUACUUAUUUUGAUAAAAAAUUUUAAGGUAAUGUUUUAUAAAAAUUAAUAAUAUAUUAACUAUUUUAUUUUUAAUUAGGCUUUUCUUAUAAUAAUUAUUGA